GGCUGUCGCGCCGAGGCCACCCGCUCAGAGGCCGCUUGCUCCUCGACGACCUCCGCCCGCUCCUCGCCGACCCCUGCGCCGCCGAAGCCGCCUGCUCCUUCGCCGAGCGCCUCGUCGCCUUCGCCUGUGUCGAGGGCUUCUUCUCCGGCUCCUGCUGAGCCAUCUUCUGGCUCAAGAAGCGUGGCCUCAUGCCCGGGCUCACCUUCUCCAACAAGCUUAUCUCCCGCGACGAGGGCCUCCACUGCCGCCGCCGCCUCCGUCCAAGUGAUCUCGGUGAGAUCCGCUCGCUCCCUCCUCCGCUCCGCGGCGGCGCGCGACCUGCGCACGCUCGAGGAGAUCCUGAGCGCCGCCGACACCGAUCCCUUCAACAGCAAGCUCUUUGUCCACGGCCUUGGGUGGGAAACCACCUCCGAGGGGCUCCGCGCCAUGUUCGCCCGAUACAGCGAGAUCGAGGAUUGCCGUGUCGGCUUCGUCCAAUUCAGUCACCGGAGCUCGGCGAGCCACGCCCUCCGCGAACCCCAGAGGCUCAUCGACAACUGCAUGACCGCGUGCCAGCUCACCUCCACCAAACUCACCCCGCACUGAACCAACUCGUCACCGCUCACCAGGUGUUCGAUCUGUGGCCACAACGAGCCGCGGUGUUGAUCCAGGCUGCGGCGCUUAAGGCGGAGCACGUGCAUGCGGCAGACGCGCCGCAGAAUGUGCCGACAAUUGGUGCGCGGCGGCGGGCUGCUCGCGGACGUCAACAGCGAGCUUUCGACCGUCGGCAUGUUCGUUGACACCUGCCAGGACUCGUUCGACGAGUUCCCGGACGUCGACGGCUCGCCCCUCGCAAAUGUGCAGACCAAUCUCAGCAGGCUCGUCAGCAACAGCAUCUGCCUCGCCGCCUACAAGGCUGCCUAUGAUAUUGCUUUGACGGAGUUCACGCCAACAAAUCAUGCCCGCCAACUAUUUGAUGAAAUGCUUAAGAUGUACUUUUAACGUCGAACCCGAUCUGUAUAUAAAGAGAGAGAGCGGUGCUCUUCUCUUUAUAAAAAUGUUUUAUCAAAAAGGAGUGAGCGGUGCUCUUCCCUUUAUAAAAAUAUAGCAUCAUCGAAA